AUGCAUAAUUUGCAAGAUGUUAUGCAAGAUGUAUUAAAAAAGCAUGCGGAGUUGUUUGAUGAUAGUUCAGUCGGACAACUGAUAGGAUACAAGGCCAAAGUGUAUCCUCAAGAAGAGAACAAUCAACCAAAGUUCUACAAAGCAGCCCCUGUUUCCUAUGCUGCCAGGAAGCAGAUAGACAAAGCAUUAGAUAGCUUGUUGGAGGACCGCAUCAUCAAGCCAGUGAAGACCGCAGAUUUUGCAUGCCCAAUCAUUGCAGUCCCUAAGCCAGAUGGACGGAUGAGAAUCUGUGGUAAUUACAAGCUAACUGCAAACAUAGUCCUGAAGGUAGAACAGUACCCCCUGCCGACUCUGGAAGACCUCCUACAAGAACUUGAAGGUGGAGAAAGAUUCACCAAGCUUGAUUUAAGUCACGCCUAUCAUCAGAUAGAAUUAGAUCCGGAAGCCCGCAAGUACACAACAAUCAACACACAUAGAGGUCUCUUUGAGUAUACAAGACUACCUUUUGGGAUAGCAAGCGCUCCAGCUAUGUUUCAGAGGACAAUGAAGAGCCUCUUGGCAGACAUACCUAUGUGCAAGCCAUAUCUCGAUGACAUAAUUAUCAGUGGCAAGACUGAUGAAGAUCAUCUGAGAAACCUGGAAGCAGUUCUUUCAAGACUAGAAAGCAACGGUUUACGCUUGAAGAAUAAAUAA